AUGAUACACCUGAAGCAGCCGCUGGUGCUGCUGCCGGCGAGGACGAGCGGCAAUGGCGUCGUGGGCUCGCCGCUCUUCGGGGCCGCGGCGGCCUGCUGCAGCCUGCAGCGGCGAGGUGCAGGCACCGGCGGGAGGAUGUCGGCGAGGUGCAGCUCCAUCGAGGAGGCCGCCGGCGUGUCGGCCGUGACGGUGGACAGGACGCUGACGGUGACCGCCACGGUGACCGUGCAGCCGCCCAUCGGCGUCGUGUACCUCGCCCGCGGCAUCGACGACCUCGGCGACCUCUUCGGCAAGACGCUCCUCCUCGAGCUCGUCAGCUCCGAGCUCGACGCCAGGACGGGGAAGGAGAAGGAGACGGUGAGCGCGUUCGCGCACAAGACGCUCACGGAGGGGAAGUACACGGCGGAGUUCACGGUGCCGGCGACGUUCGGGCCGGUGGGCGCCGUGCUGGUGGAGAACGAGCACCACCGCGAGAUGUUCAUCAAGGAGAUCCGCCUCGUCACCGGCGCCGACGACUCCUCCGCCGUCACCUUCGACUGCAACUCCUGGGUCCACUCCAAGUUCGACAACCCCGACCGCCGCGUCUUCUUCACCGUCAAGUCGUACCUGCCGUCGCAGACGCCGAAGGGGAUCGAGGCGCUGAGGAAGAAGGAGCUGGAGACGCUGCGCGGCGACGGCACCGGCGAGCGCAAGUUCAUCGACCGCGUCUACGACUACGACGUCUACAACGACCUCGGCGACCCGGACUACAAGAUCGAGCACCUCCGCCCCGUCCUCGGCGGCGACGACAACCCCUACCCUCGCCGCUGCCGCACCGGCCGCCCCCGCACCAUCAUCGAUCCGGCGACGGAGAGGCGGCGGGGGGCGGUGUACGUGCCGCGGGACGAGCAGUUCUCGGAGGUGAAGGGGCUGACGUUCAGCGCGACGACGCUCCGGUCGGGGCUGCACGCGAUGCUGCCGGCGCUGGAGCCGAUGCUGGCCAACCACGAGGUGAGGUUCCCCCACUUCCCGGCCAUCGACGGCCUCUACAGCGACGGCAUCCCGCUGCCGUCGCAGCUCAACGCCGCCGGCGCCUCCGCCGGCGGCGUCGGCGGCGUCAUCCCGCGCGUCGUCCGCCUCAUCGAGGACACCACCGACCACGUCCUCCGCUUCGAGGUCCCCGACAUGUUCGACAGAGAUAGGUUUUCGUGGUUCAGAGACGAGGAGUUCGCGAGGCAGGUGCUCGCCGGCGUCAACCCAAUCUGCAUCCAGCUCCUCACGGAGUUCCCGAUAGUGAGCAAGCUGGACCCGGAGGUGUACGGGCCGCCGGAGUCGGCGCUGACGAAGGAGGUGCUGGAGGGGCAGAUGGUGGAGUCGCUGACGGUGGAGGAGGCCAUGGCGCAGCGGCGGCUCUUCAUCCUCGACUACCACGACGUGCUCCUCCCCUACGUGCACCGCGUCCGGGAGCUGCCGGAGACGACGCUCUACGGCUCCCGCACGGUCUUCCUCCUCACCGACGCCGGCACGCUGCGGCCGCUCGCCAUCGAGCUGACGCGGCCGCAGUCGCCGACGCUGCCGCAGUGGCGGCGCGCCUUCGUCCACGGCGCCGACGCCACCUCGUCGUGGCUGUGGAAGCUCGCCAAGGCGCACGUCCUCUCCCACGACACCGGCUACCACCAGCUCGUCAGCCACUGGCUGCGCACCCACUGCUGCGUCGAGCCGUACAUCAUCGCGGCGAACCGGCGGCUCAGCCGGAUGCACCCCGUGCACCGCCUCCUCCACCCGCACUUCCGCUACACCAUGGAGAUCAACGCGCUGGCCAGGGAGAGCCUCAUCAACGCCGACGGCAUCAUCGAGGAGUCCUUCUGGCCGGGGCGGUACGCCGUCGAGCUCAGCUCCGUCGCCUACGCCGCGACGUGGCGCUUCGACGCCGAGGCGCUGCCCGAGGACCUGCUGCGGCGGGGGCUUGCCGUGCGCCGCGACGACGGCGAGCUCGAGCUCACCAUCAAGGACUACCCGUACGCCAACGACGGGCUGCUGGUCUGGAACGCCAUCAGGCAGUGGGCGUCGGACUACAUCCACUUCUAUUACAAGUCCGACGAGGAUGUCGCCGGCGACGAGGAGGUGCAGGAGUGGUGGGAGGAGGUGCGCACCAGGGGGCACGCCGACAAGAGGGACGAGCCGUGGUGGCCGGCCGUCGACACCCGCGACGGGCUCGUCGGCAUCCUGACGACCAUCAUGUGGGUCACCUCCGGCCACCACGCCGCCGUCAACUUCGGGCAGUACCACUACGGCGGGUACUUCCCGAACCGGCCGACGGUGAUGAGGAAGAACAUGCCGGUGGAGGAGAACAAGGAGGAGGAGAUGAGGAAGUUCAUGGCGAGGCCCGAGCAGGCGCUGCUGGACGCCAUGCCGACGCAGAUGCAGGCCAUCACCAUCAUGGCGACGCUGGACAUCCUGUCGGCGCACUCCCCCGACGAGGAGUACAUGGGGGAGCACGCCGAGCCGGCGUGGCUGGCGGAGCCGAUGAUCAAGGCGGCGUUCGAGAAGUUCGCCGGGAGGAUGAAGGAGAUCGAGGGCACCGUCGACGAGCGGAACAACGACCCGGAGCUCAGGAACAGGUGCGGCGCCGGCGUCGUCCCGUACGAGCUGCUCAAGCCCUUCUCCGCGCCGGGGGUCACCGGGAGAGGCAUCCCAAACAGCAUCUCCAUCUGACUUUGCUCUGCUGCCUCUGUUCCAGAUCUCUCCAUCCACACCAUGUACCAACACUAUGCCACCAGCACCAGGAGGCAUUUGCUAGUGUGUUUGAGUUGCUAGAAUGCCAUUAAUUAGUAUGAAGAGGUUGUGUUGAAAUUGAGAUCUGGUGGAUUCAGCACGUA